GUCACCACGUUGUCCACGCGAAUAAAUUAUAUAUGUAAAUGCGUGUUUUUACCUCUUGUGAAACGCUCGGCUACAACAGUUUUGGCGACGAGAAUGCUAGGUGACGAAAACCCGGAUGGGGAUAGAGUUCUUGCCGGAGGUGCUGCUGCUGUGGCCCCAAUCGCGAUGCAGUCUACAUUCACAGUCGAACCGUUUGAUCGCCAUAAGAUGAAAUGGUCCCGCUGGGUCGAGCGGUUGGAAGGUGCCUUUUUGCUUUUCGGAGUUCGUGUUGAAGCGAAGCUGCCAAUGCUACUGCAUUACAUGGGAGCCGAAACAUACGACGUAGUUUCGGACAAACUAGCACCGGAGAGGCCGCAGACUAAAACAUACGACGAAAUUGUGCAGACCCUGAAGAACCACUUUAAUCCGAAACCGCUGGAAAUACUGAAAAACUUUCGGUUCAAAUGCCGGAAGCAGUGCGAUGAUCGUGCAGAGGAGUCAAUCGACGAUUGUCUUAUUGCUCUUAGGAAAUUGGCCAUAACCUGCAAUUUUGGCAAUUACUUAAGUACUGCGUUGCGGAACCAGUUUGUUUUCGGAAUCAAGGAUUGCGGAAUACAGGCACGUCUAUUGGAAGUACGUGGCCUUACUCUGGAUCGAGCCCGGGAAAUUGCUGUGUCGAUGGAAGCGUCGGCCAAAGGUGGACAGGAAAUCCAUUCGCGUCAGGGUAAACCGGAAUUGAAUCUGGUUGCACAUCCGCCUACAAAACCAGCGAAGUCGAAGGUAAACAAAAAGUUUACCGUGUUUACGAAAAAGUCCCUUGCUAAUUAAAUGCCGUAACAACUGUUGACAAAUUGACUCAAU